AUGAACUCCCUUCAUCCCUACUUCAACAUAGGCUCAAAGUCAUGGAAGUCCAUAUCCCUAGACACGACGAUCAAGACACAAACCGUCAUGGAUGCACUGAAGAAGACUCGCACAUCAAAAGCCCGCGUUACCGGCGUUACAAAACCCAGCAACCGCAAAGCGAGCGGGGGCUUCCUCUUCCGCUUCCCCCCCGAAGUUCGAAAUGAAAUCUAUGCGCUGGCGCUAGAUAUUGCCUCGGAACCCGCCGUAACCACCCUCAUCACUUCCCCGAGCGGUACUCCGGACUCGAACCUCAAUGACAUGGGCGUUCUGCGUCUGUGCAAGGAGAUCACUGUCGAGGCGCGAUCCCUGCUGGAAGGUCACGGCAUGCCGUACGUCCCUAUCAUGGGUAAUACGGGUCUCAACUCUGCCAUCAAUCUCAUCUUGGAGCAUGGAGAGGCUGCCCUCAAUCCAGUGCAAAGCACCAUCUUCGCGGGUCUCACCUCCUUCAUGAACGCACACCUCCAUCUACACAUCUCACACACACUCUCUGAAGACCCUGAUGACCCGGAGCCGUACCUAGACCUCCGUUUACGACACAUCUACGGCAUUCUCCGACAAGCCAUUGUUGUCUGGCGAUGCACUUCUGAAGAAAACUUCCCCCACCUCAAGGCGACAGGCACGAAGCGAAAAGCUACCGUGCACCUCGACCAUCUGUUCUCAGACUAG